AUGAACGAACUGCGCCUGAUGGAAGCCUCGUCCAUUAACCGUUGCGUUACAGGGUUUACUGCUGAUGUUUUCGCAUACUGUACCGCGAAGGGCAAGCAGACUACGCAGCGCUAUCCGCGAACCUUCCAGUGGCUCCAGAUCCUUGCUUCUCUUGCCAUUCUCCGCCGUACAAACUCAUGGGCCAACCGCCGUGCAUUGGAUAAUGGCACUUCCGACUGUUACGAUUGGACUCGUGAAGUGGUUGUGUUAACGGGUGGCAGCAAUGGGAUUGGUAAGCAGAUUGCGAUCUUGCUGGGAAACCGCGGCAUCAAGGUCGCCGUCCUUGACAUUCAACCACCCCAGGAUGAGCUUCCACCGACGGUUCGCUACUGCAAGUGCGAUAUCACGUACCCGGCCGAGGUCUCUGAAGUUGCGGCGAACAUCCCUCAGACCCGGCUCCAGUUCGAAGUUAACACUCUCUCGCAUUACUGGCUCUCUCGGGAAUAUUUACCAUCCAUGAUCCAGCGUAACCACGGCAUGGUCGUCACUGUAGCAUCCCAGGCUGGCUACGUUACCACUCCUAACAUGGUGGAUUACUCCGCUACCAAAGCAGCAGCCAUAUCAUUCCAUGAAGGCCUGGGAGCGGAGCUGGUGUCAAGAUACAAUGCUCCUCGAGUCCGCACAGUGCUGGUGACCCAGGGAUUUACUCAGACGGCGCUCAUCAGCGAGCUGACCCCUGAAGAUACAUGGUUCAAUCCACUACUGCUUCCAGAGACGGUGGCAGAGGCAAUUGUAAAGCAAGUUCUAACGGGCUCAAGUGGCCAUGUUCUGGUCCCUGGGUCAACGGGCUGGCUGGCGAAGAUUUUCCGGGGGUUUCCUUUGUGGUAUCAGCAUAAGCUUCGAGUGAGAUUGGAGAGAUUAAUGCGUGCUUCUUAA